AUGCAGCUCUCGCUCUCAUUGACUGCGAGCCCUGAGUUCGUUAUCGGAGCUGGCGCAAGCCGAUGCUUCGGUGGUUCCACCAAAGAGGUCACCAAACUGGAGAGACUACUAGCCGACUUCCACCACGGCAAAGAGGCUAUGUUCUUCAACUCAGGAUACGAAGCCAACGUUGGCGUAUAUAGCACCUUGCCUCAACCCGGGGAUGCCAUUAUCCACGACACCAUGGCCCAUGCGAGCAUCCAUGAUGGGAUCCGUUAUGGCCGCGCGUCCAUCGUAAAAGCUUUUGCACAUAAUGAUCUCCAGUCGCUAGACGCUGUGCUUGAGAAGGUUAAGCUCGGCUCGGCCGAUAUUAGCUGCGGGAGACGAACGGUGUUUGUGGCUCUAGAGUCGUAUUACAGUAUGGAAGGGGAUAUCUCGCCCAUCCCGGAGAUUCUCUCGCAUGUUAGAAGUGCUCUACCGGCCGGCAAUGGAGUUCUCAUAGUUGGUGAGGCUCACUUGGGUAUAGUUGGACCCAACGGCUCUGGAUACAUGUCACUUGGGACUGGAGAAGGAAAAUACAUAGCCAACUUCGCCCGAGGCCUGAUGUACUCGACCGGGCCUUCCUUCCCCACAGUCGCCGCCAUCAGAGCUUCGAUCGCCACCCUCAGCAGCACAGACAGGGAGCAACUCCGCGCAAACAUCAUGCUCUUCUACCAGCUCAUCCUCAUGCAUCCAAGGCGACAAGCUCUAUCUAAGUCCGGGAUUUCAAAAGAAGCAUUCGUGGCCAUCAUCCCCAUCAUUACCAAGCAAGGACAAUGCCAUAAGCUACAGCAGAGACUGCAGGUAUACGGGUUCCGUACCCAUGCAGUCCGAUACCCUGCCGUCCCAGAGGAGGAGCGUGUCCGCUUGAUGCUGCACGCAGAUAACAAGCCGGACGAGAUCAAAGGCUUUGCGCGAGUGUUGAUGGAAUGGGGCUGGGAAAUCAUGCAGGUUGGGCCCAGGCCGGAGACUCGACUGUAA